UCUUCGGUUGAAAAAAACCAAAUUUAUGCUUGUUCAUUUUCCUUUCAACUCUUCUUUAAAAAUGUGCCAUCUGAGUUUCUUGUAUGAAAAAAAAAACAAAAAAAAAGAGUCGUGGAACAAGGAAAAUCAAAGGUAAGUGAACCAAGUGAAUUGAAGUUCUGUAAUUAAUAUUGACCUAAUUAUAAAGCGACAUGGCUGAGUUAGGUUCACCACUAAAUGGGUUGUUAAUUUACACGUUAACCACAUGUUUUUUUUGGUAAUCAACGUUAACCACAAGUUAAAGGAUUUAGCUUCAAAAUCAAGCUGCAUUUGCAAGAAUUAAGACAGAGUUAGGUCUGCUUUAUUUCCAAUUUCACACGAACUUCGCGUGAAAUUUUAUACUAAACAGUUUACACACUUUAUGCGUGCAUGUUGAAUUUUGGUGAGAAAAUGUAAGAAGAAAAGCAAGAUUUAUUCUAAUUCAACCAUACUAUCAACAGAUUCUCGUUAUUAACCAAAAAGAUGUAAUUAUUGUGCUUAAAUAUGUUUAUUUGGAAAUAUUUUGUUGCCGACGUGUGGUAUGCAAAAGAUGGCAUGAUGCCGAUAAUAUCUUGACUUGUCUAUGCAUAGCCGAGGGGCUUUCAGGUCCGUGGGUUCGGAAAAUGAAGCUCAUUUCAUCUCUCCUGUGUGGACUAUAUAUUGAAAGUAUUUAGUCAUAAGCUUUUGAAGGUUUGGUUUGACUUAGAUGGGAAGAACCUUAGUGGGUGCAAUUAAUAGACCAAGAGCGUGGUCAUCCUUUAGCUUCAAAGUGGUGGAGCUUAAUCUCCUUUUGGAAAAUUUGGAUCAAUGGAAGGUUGUAUGCGAACAUCAUACUGCUAACAGAGAAGCUCAUCUCAUCGUUCAACAUGUGAUUUUUCAAAACCGAAUGCGAUCUUAUGUUGCUCUCAGCCAUCCUUCUGGGCACUCUUAUCUUUUUGACAAUGAGAGAUCCUCCUCUGUUUUAGCUAGUUCUUUGUUUUGAUGUUAUGUUCCAUUAGCCUUGAUUAUUCUUUUGUUGAUAUGCUAAUUUUGCUGAUGUAUAUUUCUUUCUAAUCAAUGAAAUAUUUUCAGAGAUUUUUUUUUUGAAUACUGGCAGCUGGAUGAAGAACCCAAAAAAAGAAUUAUUGAUGUCACCAUUAAAAUAUUGACAAAGAUAUCUUUAAUUAAUAGUGACAACUUCUGUGUAAUUUUUAUAUACAUAUAUAUAUAUAAAUAUAUAUAUAUAUAAUGUAAUAUGCAAUUUGCUUGGUUCUUAUCUUAAUGGUCCCAAGUCUUAGUGCACCAGAUGGUUGUAUCUCGACUCGAGGCAUCGAUUCUAUUACGGUAGAAAAGCACAGAGUUAAUUUUUAUUUUUUAUUUUUUCAAAAAAACAUCAAUACCAAUUAACAUAUUCAAAUAUUCUAGUGUUCAAAAAAAUAUUCUGUUUGUUUUAACGUCAAAAGUAACAUAUUCUAAUUUAUCACUGAAUAUAAACAUAAGCUUUGAUCCAUCAACAAAAAGAACUGUACUUGGGUAUUUCAGAAGUAAGAUUCAACUGACUGCUGUUUCAAAUAAUUUAUGCAUUUUAAGUUACUGUAGUUAUGCAAAUAUUAAGACUUAGAUGAUUAUACUAUUGGUUUGCUUGAAGAAUGGCAGAUGAGUGAUAGGAUAAGUUAUCUCUCUGAACGUGAACGAAUUGGACUAGGAUCCAAUCUAUCCAUUUGAUUUUCUCAAUUGACUAUUCAAUUAAAAAAAUACUUUUCUUGUCGUAAACGUACUGUGACCUGAGUUUUAUGUAGAUAUAAGAUAAUAGAAGCGUCCAAUCCAAUUUUUAUAAUUUAAAAUACUUCUAUCAAAUUAGAUAUGUUUUGCAAUAAAACUGAUUCCAUCCCAUAACGGAAACCAAACUAAUCCAAACAAUAUGAAAUUUUAUUUUUAUAUCUUAAUAAUACAAUUUGAACCACCCAUUUUUCACUAAAAAACUGUAAAUGAUAAUGCGUAAAAACACUGACAGUUAAAUGCAACAACUAGCAAAAAAUUAACAAUAUUUAUUUUUAAGUAUUAAAUCAAGGACUAUUCUGAAAAAGAAGAAGAAGAUGCAUAACUAUUUUAAAUGAUAAAAAAUUAGAUUUAUUUUCUUGGAUGAACUUACCUAUGUUUCCAUAUGCUAAUUACUCAUUCGUAGAAGUAUACUGACUUUUCUUUGAUGACAGAAUCGAGAUUUGAAAACCUAUAUUUGCAUCUUCACUUGGAUAAAAAUUGAAGAAUUCAUCAUUUAAGUUGACUGAACAAUACAUUGGGGACACUUAUGUUUAGGGGCGGAUCUAGGAUCAAAUGUAAUUGGGGACACACAUACAUUUUCUCACUAUACAUAUUUCUUAAAUUGGGGGCACUUGUAAAAUAUUAAGCUAAUUGUUAAGAAAAUAAAAAAAAAAAGCAAAUGGGGGCAGGUGUCCCCAUAGGUCCUUUUCCCUGUCCGCCCAUGUCUAUGUUAGAGAUCCGUAAUUCAAAUAUGCUUGAUGACUUUUAAAAAAUAUAUAAAAUAACCGGUUCUUGUCUCCUGCCCUAGAAAGAAUUAGUCGGUCUAUAAGGCCUGAAUUACCUCUUGGUUCACAAAAGAAAAAAAAAUACAUUUAGAUAUUUUACUGAUUACUAUGUUAUCAUCUAUGUUAUAAUAGUAGACCUCUAUACAAUUGUGCGGUAAAUAAAUUAAGACAUUUAUUUGUGAAUAAAUAUCACGGUUAAGUAACGAAGAUUACAGCCCACAAUUAACUAGGCAUCUUGUUACACAGCUAGGUGAUGUAGUUAGGCUAUUGAAGAGAAUUGCUGUUCAAAAUAGUUGUUUGCAACCUAUGCUAUAUCAUUAGAAAAAUGAUUAUUAACUAUACAAACAGUACUAUCAGAUGACUAUAUAUAGAUAAAAUAAUAUAUUAAAACUACAUGAACUAUAUAAAUAAAUUACACGACAAUAUCCAAGAAUAAUUAUGUGUUAUGUUGUUAACACCAUCAACAUAAUUCUAAAAGCCAUAAAAUUAUAUUGGACUUAUAAUCCUAUUAUUUUCAUGAUGCUUAACAUAUUUUAACAUAUUAUCUCAUUUUUAUGUAUAAGAUUAUAUUUUGAAUAUUUGAUCUAUGUAUGUUUAUUUUAUUUUUGAUUAUAUGGAUAUAUGUUAUGAUUAGGUUUUCAAAGAAAAUUUUAUUGGGUGACAAACUUCAAAUCCGACAUAAUUUAUUGAUAUCAAAAUUAUAUUUAUGGUUUUAACAAUAUAACAAGAAUUAGUUUAUUGUUACUAUCAUGAAAUACAUAUAGUUUAUGUAUUGUUUAAUAUAAUAUUUUUUCUAGAUGUGUAACCAUGUGGUUGUAUAUUGUUUGUGUAAUUAGCAAUCUUUUUAUUUUUGAAUCUGAUUGGAAAUUUCAAGCUUUUAUGUAUUUUUAUUUUUAUCACAUUAUUAUUAUUAUUAUUUUUUAAUUUGGGGUAUUCCAUAUUUAUAAAAUGAUUUAGACUAAUUUCUAAAAGAAAAUGUAACCCACGGAUGGACCUUCUUUUCAGAUAUUCAAAUGAUCCUAAGCAAUGAAACUACAUCUACGUGGUUAUUUGAUAAAGUAUAAUGGGGUCUAUUCGAAUAUAGAUUGCUUAUCAAUCCGAAACUCACAUGCCAUUAAACCAUUAUUACAUGAUUAUUUUUACUUUAUUUAUUUUUUGAAGUGUAAAUGUUAAAUUUUAUACUAAAUUGUUUCUACAAAAAUAUAGAAAUAAUACGAGGAAUACAAAAUAAAACAAACUACAAUGCUACAAAUUAAGAAAAACUACAACAAAAAACCAUAACUGAACCAAAAAAUAGAUACAUUGUGGAUAGAUGAAACAACCAUUCUAAAAACAUGGCCAAAGGAUGAAGUGUUUACGUCACAGCCCGAAUCGUCGAACAAGCUGGAGACCUCAUCAUUAUCGCCAUCAGCAACCGCUGGCUAGAUCAUCCCUCAAAACUUCAAUCCAGCAAUACCUACAGCUUUUCCGACAACAAGCCCAAACAAACUCUUCAAACACAAUCAAAAUACGAAAACCAAUAGAAGAGUUCACAUGUCGGCAAGAAAGUAAAUUGCUGAUAACCUAUUCACAGUUAUAUCAAUUUAAAACAUGUAAAUAUUGCCCUCAUACAUAAAACUAGCUAAUAAAUUAGCCAAAGAAAAAAAAUGUUAUAAUUAACAGGUGUAAGUUACCAAAAAAACUUAUUUAUUUUCUGUCUGGCAUUCAAUAAAAUAUUUCAUAAGACAAUAUUAGAUAUUACUAUUUAGAUAAAGUUUGUUACAAAAAAAAAUAUUUAUUAGAUAAAGUUUAUCAACACAUAAUAAUUUAAAGUUAAAAAAAAACUAAUAAAAAUAUGUUUUUAUUUAUUUCGAAAAUACUACAAAAAAGGAGAAAGAACAAAGCAGUAAAUGAAAACCUGCAAAGUUUCUUCUUUGCACCAAAAACACACCACUCUUCCCCUCUCUUUCCUCACUCGCUUGCUUCUUUCUCUCUCUCUUCACAUUAUUAUAUUCUCUCUGUUUCUCCAAAUUUCUCCUCAGAAACUAAAACUGAAAAUAUCAGUUUCCUUACGGCAAUGAACCAAUCACCCACUGUAAUCGAACAGGGAAUUUCCCGACAGCACUUGAAGACUGUUUCUUGUGCCAAUGUUCUCACUUUGGCUUACCAAAGCCUUGGUGUAAUCUAUGGUGAUCUCAGCACAUCACCUCUCUAUGUUUACAAAACCACUUUCUCUGGUAAACUAAGCCUCCACGAAGACGAUGAAGAGAUCUUUGGAGUGUUCUCUUUCAUCUUCUGGACAUUCACACUCAUCGCUCUUUUCAAAUACGUUUUCAUUGUUCUAUCAGCUGAUGACAAUGGAGAAGGUGGGACAUUUGCGUUGUACUCGCUUCUAUGCAGGUAUGCAAAGCUAAGCGUUUUACCAAAUCAUCAAGAAAUGGAUGAGAAACUAUCAACUUAUGCAACGGGAAGCCCUGGAGAGACUAGCCAGAGCGCAGCGGUUAAAUCUUUCUUUGAGACGCACCCAAAAUCUCAAAAGUGCUUGUUGAUCUUUGUGCUUUUAGGGACAUGUAUGGCUAUUGGUGAUAGUGUCCUCACUCCAACAAUCUCAGUUCUUUCUGCUGUUUCUGGAGUCAAGCUCAAGAUUCCUGAACUUCACGAGAAUUAUGUUGUCAUCAUCUCUUGUAUCAUCUUGGUGGCGAUAUUCUCAGUGCAGCGUUAUGGUACGCAUAGGGUGGCCUUCAUUUUCGCACCAAUCUCCACUGCUUGGCUUCUCUCGAUCAGCAGCAUUGGAGUUUACAACACAAUCAAAUGGAACCCUCGUAUAGUCUCUGCCCUUUCACCGGUUUACAUGUAUAAGUUCCUCAGAAGCACUGGCGUAGAAGGGUGGGUUUCACUUGGUGGAGUUGUUCUUUCAAUCACUGGUGUUGAGACCAUGUUUGCUGACUUAGGUCACUUCUCUUCCUUGUCCAUAAAGGUGGCUUUCUCGUUCUUUGUAUACCCAUGUUUGAUUCUUGCAUACAUGGGUGAGGCUGCAUUUCUCUCUAAACACCAUGAAGACAUCCAGAGAAGCUUCUACAAGGCGAUACCCGAGCCUGUGUUCUGGCCAGUGUUCAUCAUAGCUACAUUCGCAGCUGUGAUUGGAAGCCAAGCUGUCAUAUCCGCAACGUUUUCAAUCAUAAGUCAAUGUUGUGCGCUUGAUUGCUUUCCUAGGGUCAAGAUCAUUCACACUUCAAGCAAAAUCCAUGGACAAAUCUACAUCCCUGAAGUAAAUUGGAUGUUAAUGUGCCUUUGCUUGGCUGUCACGGUAGGGUUAAGAGACACUAACAUGAUCGGUCACGCAUACGGGCUUGCUGUGACAUCCGUGAUGCUUGUAACCACAUGUUUGAUGACAUUAGUAAUGACAAUCGUGUGGAAACAGAGAACCAUUACAGUUCUUGCUUUCUUGCUCUGUUUCGGUUCCAUAGAGCUUCUCUACUUCACGUCAUGCGUCUACAAAAUACCCGAAGGAGGAUGGAUCCCUAUUCUCCUCUCCUUGACAUUCAUGGCUGUUAUGUACAUCUGGAACUACGGAACUACAAAGAAACAUGAGUUCGACGUUGACAAUAAGGUCUCAAUAGACCGGAUCAUCGCUUUAGGACCGAGUAUUGGGAUGGUGAGGGUUCCAGGGAUAGGAUUGGUCUACACUAAUCUAGUGACAGGAGUUCCAGCUGUGUUCGGACACUUCGUGACGAACCUGCCUGCGUUUCACCGGAUCCUUGUCUUUGUAUGCGUGAAGUCGGUUCAGGUUCCGUACGUUGGAGAAGAAGAGAGGUUUGUGAUAAGCAGAGUGGGGCCAAAGGAGUAUGGGAUGUUUAGAAGUGUGGUUAGGUAUGGAUACAGAGAUGUUCCAAGGGAAGUGUAUGAUUUUGAGAGCCGGUUAGUGUCUGCUAUUGUGGAGUUCGUUGAAACCGAACCGGGAGGUGGAGAAGGGUAUGAGUUGAGGAGGAGGAGAAAGGAGGAAAGUUUGGAGAUAAUGGAGGCGAAAGAGGCAGGAGUAGCGUAUAUAUUGGGACAGUCUUACGCAAAGGCGAAGCAGUCUUCUUCCGUGUUGAAGAAGUUAGCGGUGAAUGUUGUGUUUGCGUUUAUGAGCACGAAUUGCAGAGGAACAGAUGUUGUUCUUAAUGUUCCUCAUACUUCUCUGCUUGAAGUUGGGAUGGUUUAUUAUGUUUAGAAGAGAGAAAGAUGUUUAGGUUUAACAUAAAUUAGAUCAAUACAGUACAGUGUAGCGGAGAGACAGGAGAGUUCUAACAGAGAGGUCAGUGUGUUGCAUUUGCUAGUGUUUAAUGUGUAAAUAUACUUACAAGUAAUGAAUGAAAUAUGUUUGUCAA